UUUGCUUUUGACUAUUGAAUUCCCGCCAUUUCAUUUCAUCCCCUCCCUUUCUCAACGGCUAGUAUGUUAAUUAGCAACAUUAGACAAAUCCACUCCACUCCCAUCACUCUCCUCGAAGAAGACAUCAACGAAAAAUUAUUCAUUCACCUCAUUUCUAUUUUGUUGAUGUAAAUGGAACGCUAUCUCAUAGAUUUACUUCACUGCACUCUGCCCAUAAACCAGUUGAAGCAAAUCCAAGCUCUCAUCAUCAUAAAGUACCUCUCUCUCACCCCACUUUUCAUUAGAAGGCUAUUGAACGCGUCCUUUAUCCAAUAUGCUCGCCAAGUGUUUGAUCAAAUUCCUCAGCCAGAUCAAGGCGUUCAUUGUUCUUUCAUUUCUGCCUACUCUAGACUUUCCUUGAACAAUGAAGCUCUAAGAACAUUCGUUUCGAUGCACCAAAGCAAUGUCCGGAUAGUUUGUUUCACAAUUCCGCCCAUUUUUAAGUCAUGCGCUUCGUUGUUGGCUAUUGAUGUGGGAAAACAGGUUCAUUCGUUGGUGAUACGUUAUGGGUUCCACUCAAGUGUGUUUUGUCAGAAUGCUUUAAUUAAUUUCUAUGCUAAAAUUAAUGACUUGGGUUCUGCUGAAUUGAUUUUCGAUGGGAUUUUGGUGAAGGACACAAUUGCUUAUAAUUGUUUGAUUUCUGCUUAUUCAAGAUCUGGUGAGGUUUUAGCGGCUCGAGAACUUUUUGAUAAGAUGAGAGAUAGGAGUAUUGUUUCAUGGAAUGCUAUGAUCUCUUGCUAUGCUCAGAAUGGGGAUUAUCACAAAGGGUGGAUAAUUUUCCAAAGAAUGCAGGAUGAAAUGUGUGAGCCCGAUGCAAUUACUUUGGCCACUGUACUCUCUAUUUGUGCUAAACUUGGGGAUUUGGAGAUGGGUUUGAGGAUUAAGAAGCUUAUUGACAAUAAAAAUCUGGGUUCAAAUAUGAUUGUUUCAACUGCGAUGUUGGAAAUGUAUGUCAAAUGUGGGGCUGUUGAUGAUGGGCGUCUAGUAUUUGACCAUAUGGUCAGAAGGGAUGUUGUUGCAUGGAGUGCCAUGAUUGCAGGUUAUGCCCAAAAUGGGAGAUCAAAUGAGGCCUUAGAGCUUUUUGAAAGCAUGAAAAGUGCACAAAUUAAACCUAAUGAUGUUACACUUGUUAGUGUUCUAUCAGCUUGUUCUCAGUUGGGUUCAGUAGAAACUGGUGAACGCAUUGGAAGUUAUGUGGAGAGUCGAGGCUUAAUUUCAAAUGUUUAUGUUGCCUCAGCGCUACUGGGUAUGCAUUCUAAGUGUGGAAAUAUUAUAAAGGCUCGCCAAAUAUUUGAUAAGCUGCCUCAAAGAGAUAAUGUUACUUGGAACUCAAUGAUUAUGGGGCUAGCUAUUAAUGGUUUUGCGGAGGAUGCAAUUUCUCUUUACAACAGAAUGAAAGAAAUUGAGGUGAAACCGAAUAACAUAACAUUUGUAGGACUAUUGACAGCCUGCACCCAUGCAGGCCAUGUUGAACUGGGUCUUGAGUUUUUCAGAAGUAUGAGGUCAGAUCACAACAUUUCACCAAAUAUUGAACAUUUUGCUUGUAUUGUGGACCUCUUUUGUAGAUCAGGAAGACUAAUAGAUGCCUAUGAGUUUAUAUGUAGGAUGGAAGUGGAGCCCAAUGUUGUAAUAUGGGGCACAUUGUUGAGUGCAUCCAGGAUCCACUUGAAUGUAGAGCUUGCUGAGCUUGCAGGGAAGAAAUUACUAGAACUAGAGCCCGAUAACUCUGGGAACUAUGUCAUUCUUUCUAACAUAUAUGCCAGUGCCGGCAGAUGGCAAGAAGCACUGAAGGUGCGGAAGUUGAUGAAAGAUAAGAGGGUGCAGAAAGCAGCUGCGUAUAGUUGGGUAGAAGUGGAGGACAGGGUGCAUAAGUUUUUAGUCGGUGACACAUCCCACCCUAGAUUUGAUGAGGUUUAUAGCACCAUUGAUGGUUUGGCAUUGCUUUCGACUUGGGUUGGUUAUGAGUUGGAUUUUGAAAUAGAGGCCUGAUGAGUGGAAAAGCUAGAAAUCAUAAGAAACCUGCUAGUGCAACUGCUAAAGUGUAUUGGAGGUUAUACCUAGGACCUUUUAUUGUUUUCAUAGUUUGGAUGGAGUUUGGCCACCCUUUUCUCUUGCUUGUCUAUCCAAGCAAAAGAGGAUUAAAAACCAGGGUAAGGUUUUUGGUUGGCUACCAUUCUUCUUUGAUUAUACUGUAUCUUCAUUCAAAUAGUAGACAGUGAACAGUCUGGAUUUCCUGUAAGUUUCUAAUGCCUUUCAGUCCCGGGAGAGGAGAUGGAUUAUUCCAACUUGUAAUUUUAUAAAUUUUUAAUCAGUUAGA